AUGGCCGAUUUCGACACGAAUCCAACUUCGCUGUACAGCAUCAAAGGAAUCGUUAUUCUCGAUCAAGAUGGAAAUCGAGUUCUUGCCAAGUACUACGAUCGUAAUACCUUCGGAACCGUAAAGGAACAGAAGGCAUUCGAAAAGAACUUGUUCUCGAAAACUUCUCGCAAUACCUCCGCUGACAUUGUGUUGCUUGACGGAGUCACAUGCUUGUACCGCUCAAACGUGGAUCUCUAUUUCUACGUUCUCGGAUCGACUCGCGAGAAUGAGCUGUUCCUUGAUGCAACACUUACUUGCCUUUACGAUGCUGUCUCUGUUGUUCUUCGAAAGAACGUUGAGAAGAAGGCGCUGAUUGAUGCCAUGGACACGAUUAUGCUCAUCGUCGAUGAGAUUUGUGAUGAAGGCAUCAUCAUGGAGACUGAUGCUCAAGCUGUCGUUCAGAGAACUGCUCUCAAAAACGACGAAGUUUCAUUCUCGGACCAAUCCGUUUCACAAAUCGGUUUCUCCUUCAUCGAGUCGGCCAACAAGCAAUUCAAAUGGUCCCUUCUCAAGUAA